AUGUCUCGGCAUCCGAAAGCGCAGAGGCCAGCUGGAGAUGAACAGUAUCGUGGACUAGCUAGAGCGAUAGGCAGCGGCCUGGCCAGCCACCAAGGGGAGUCUGAGCCAGACAGCGGCCUUGCCAGCCACAAGGAGGAGCACCUCGAGCCAAGCACGGGCCUGGCCAGUCGCCAGGAGAAGCCCCUCGAGCCAGGCAGCGGCCUGGCCAGCCACAAGGGGGAGCCCCUCGAGCCAGACAGCGGCCUGGCCAGCCACAAGGAGGAGCCCCUCGAGCCAGGCACGGGCCUGGCCAGCCACGAGGGGGAGCCCUUCGAGCCAGGCAAGGGCCUGGCCAGCCACAAGGAGGAGCCCCUCGAGCCAGGCACGGGCCUGGCCAGCCACGAGGAGGAGCCCUUCGAGCCAGGCAAGGGCCUGGCCAGCCACAAGGAGGAGCCCCUCGAGCCAG